GUAUUGACAUCUGUAAGAAACAUGUGAGAGGGGCAGACACUUUUGGUUACCUACUUUAAUCAAACAAAACAAAAUCAUUUAAACAUUUAAUAAUUAUUUGUCUAAAUUAGACGGUGUCAUAACUCGAAUAGUCCCUGUUAUAAAAAAACUUACAACUACAAAUGUUAGAAUAAAAUAGAAAUGAACGUUGACGAUGAUAAUAUCUACGACGAUUCAGGAAAUGAGACAAGUGGCGAUGAUGUUGAUUUUGUUAUUGAGGUAGACAAUGCGUCGCAUACCAAGGAACUGCAAAGCUACGAUGAAGAAUAUCAAUAUGAAGUACUAUCAACUGACGAUAUAGUGCAACAUAUGAUUGAUUGCAUCAAGGAAGUUAACGUUGUAGUACAAAUACCUGCAACUGUUACUAGAAUACUUUUAAAUUACUUCCAUUGGGACAAAGAAAAACUUAUGGAGAAGUUCUUUGAUGGCAAUCAAGAUGAACUUUUUAAGGAAGCCCAUGUUAUAAAUCCAUUCAAGAAAGUAAAUGUAGCCAAACGCAAAAUAGCAAAUAAAGCUCUGGGAACUGAAGAAUGUGAUAUAUGUUUUAUGGUUUUCUCACCUAACCAAAUGACUGGACUUGAAUGCGGACAUAGAUUUUGUUAUCAAUGUUGGAAUGAGUAUUUAACAACUAAAAUAAUGGAAGAAGGUGUUGGUCAAACUAUAGCUUGUGCAGCUCAUAAUUGCCCCAUUUUAGUAGACGAUCAAACUGCUAUGAGGCUGUUGAAAGAUCCCAGGGUGAAGCUCAAGUACCAACAUCUUAUUACAAAUAGUUUUGUAGAAUGUAAUAGGUUGUUAAGAUGGUGCCCAAGUCCAGAUUGUAGUUAUGCUGUUAAGGUAGCUUAUGUAGAGGCAAAACCAGUAGCUUGCCGGUGCGGCAAUGUAUUUUGUUUUGCUUGUGGUGAAAACUGGCACGAUCCUGUCAAGUGUGGUUUACUGAAAAAAUGGCAAAAAAAAUGUGAUGACGAUUCUGAAACAUCAAAUUGGAUAGCUGCAAACACAAAAGAAUGUCCAAAAUGUAAUGCGACAAUAGAAAAAGAUGGAGGCUGUAAUCAUAUGGUAUGCAAAAAUCAAAGCUGCAAAGCAGACUUCUGUUGGGUGUGUCUUGGACCCUGGGAACCACAUGGUAGUUCAUGGUAUAAUUGUAACAGGUAUGAUGAAGAUGAAGCUAAAGCUGCUAGAGACGCACAAGAAAAAUCCAGAGCAGCCCUCCAGAGGUAUUUAUUUUACUGCAAUCGUUACAUGAACCACAUGCAAUCCCUAAAGUUUGAACACAAACUCUAUGCUUCAGUUAAAGAUAAAAUGGAAGAAAUGCAACAUCACAACAUGAGUUGGAUAGAGGUACAAUUUCUAAAAAAAGCUGUUGAUAUACUCUGCCAAUGUAGACAAACACUCAUGUACACUUAUGUAUUUGCUUAUUAUUUAAAGAAAAACAAUCAAUCUGUGAUAUUUGAAGAUAACCAAAAAGAUCUGGAAAGAGCCACUGAGCUUCUUAGCGAAUACCUCGAAAGGGACAUAACUCAAGAAAAUUUAAUAGAUAUAAAGCAAAAAGUUCAAGAUAAAUAUAGAUAUUGUGAUGGCCGAAGAAUGGCAUUGUUAGAUCACGUUCAUGAAGGUUACGAGAAGGAUUGGUGGGUUUAUAGUGAAUAAAUUUGAAAAAAUAUCUUUUCAUUUCAGGUGUACCUUAAUUAUAGCAAUGGUACUGAUUACAUGAUUUUUCAAC